CAACCACUGUGUCUGCAUUUCAAUUAACCGCGCGCGCAAGUAUAAAGGAUGAGAGCCUCGAGCACCCACAUUUCUUUCAGAAAUCUCCCUCUCCCUUUACACUCUCCUUUAAAACAUGAAGUCCAUUGUUGCUGCCAUUGCUGCUUUCGCCAUUGCUGCCGUUAGCGCUCAAACCACCCCCGUUUCCCUCACCUCCCCCCUUACUGGAACCGUCUACACCGCUGGUACCAACGCCAUUAUCACCUGGAUUAACCCCACCGUUACCACCAUCUCGCAAAUUGAACUCGUUAAGGGCCCCUCCUCUGCUCUUCAACCCGUUCUCACCGUUACCACCAAUGUUAACGCUGCUGACAUGACCUACACCUGGGCCAUCCCUGCUGACACCGCUGCUGGCACUGACUACGCUUUCGAGCUCGGUACCUCCCCUAACAUCGCUUACUCUGGUUUCUUCACCAUCCAAGCUGGUUCCGGAGCCGUCGCUUCUUCCCUUCCUCCGUCCCUGCCACCACCUCCAUGGCCGCCACCACCUCCGUGGCCGCCACCUCCGCUGCUAGCUCCUCUGCUGCUGCCUCUUCUUCCGCUGCUGCCACCACCAAGGCCUCCGGAGCCUCUGCCCUCAAGGCUGGUGUUGUUGGUGCUGGUCUCGUUGCCGGUGCUGCUGCCCUUCUCCUUUAAAUCUGGAGAGGAUAGCCCCUUACACUUAAGAAAACAAAUCAUUUCAUGUUUCUAAAAGAUUAACUACAUACAAUUCUCUCUCCCUCCAAUGUACUUUUUUGUUUCUUCGCAGCUUCCAACUAUUCAUCAGUAUACUCUCCUUUCCCUCCCUCCAAUGGAAGACAAUAUCCACACAACCUCAAAUUUUUAAGUUCGCUUUUAAAGUAAUGUUAUGUGCCAUUCUUUUUUUCAUGACUGAAAAAAUUAUCACACAAUAG